AUGUCGCCGUGGUCCGCUGUCUCACAUGCUUCAUCCAUCGGCCAAUCGCUCCGUUCUCCUUCGUUGCAUAUGCCUAUGGCCGGACUUUGGUGGGAGCUUGCUGCUGGUGGAGUGGACAGUUCGAUUCCUGGUAAUGGAGGAGAGGAGUGCAUGACGUAUCUUCCCACUUGGCAGCUAUUCCUUGAAACACUCAUCAUCGUACCAUUGACUCUCCGACUCAUAAUCAACACUCUACCAACACUGGACUGUUCGUUCAGUACAAGACCGAAGAAUGACUCUCGAUAUGGUGUCCUCACUGUGUAUAGUAUCAUAUUUGGAGCCGAACUUGCUUUCAAAAUGAUUUCAAGAACUGGUAUAUUUCUUUUGAACCCAUGCCAUAUAACUACUGCUAUGCAAUUGAUACUUCUAACUAUGGACGCGAACGACAGAAAAGCAUGUUUUCUCUUCCGUUUGCACAUGUUUUUCAUGCCAGGAGCGUUCUUUGCCCUUGCCUUUCCAAUUUUGAAUACAAGACUGCUUCCUGGUGAGGUUUUCAUCUAUUACGCACAGCAUAUAGCCAUAUUACUCGUCCCCAUCUAUCUCAUGUAUCUGAAAGGAGCAUUUGAGCCGGAAAAAGCAUACGACUACACUUGGGCUGCUUUUGGCUUAUCUUGCUUUCUUCUUUACCACUUCGCUGUUCUUCAGCCAAUGGCAAUGUAUUCACGGGUCAAUCUCAACAAUAUCAUGUGCCCGGCCAUAUCGGAUCCGUUCCAGUCGAGGGCAUAUCGAGUGAUUGCGUGCGCCCAUCAGACUCUUCUCAUUCCAAUAAUCUCAAAAACAUACUCAGCAAUUGCUUCUUGUGUGAUAGAUAUCUUCAACGGCUUGUUCCCUGAGAAGCAAGACGGAGAAAAUGAGUGGCAUCCUCUGCUUUUGAUGGAGGUGACUGCAGAUAGAUAUGUGGACCAGUUACUAGAAAAUCUACUAAUGGACUACAACAGAAAUGUUCGACCUGUUAAAAACGCCUCUGAUGCAUUGCAAGUGAAAUUUGGAGCUAAUCUUUGUAGACUGAUAGACGUGGACGAGGUUAAUCAAGUUUUGACCACAAGUUUGUGGUUAGAAAUGCAGUGGACUGACCGCAAACUCGUCUGGAACCCUGCUGAAUGGGGAGGAGUAGAACGAAUACACAUCCCAUCGGACCAAAUUUGGAUACCAGAUAUUUUGCUGUAUAAUAAUGCAGAUGGAGAGCCACAUAUCACCAUUGACAGUCUAACCUUAGUGGACUUCAGAGGGACUGUUCUCUGGCAACCACCAUCUAUCUAUAAAAGCUUGUGUAAUAUUAACAUCGAAAACUUUCCCUACGAUUCACAGGAGUGCACUCUAAAGUUCGGUGGAUGGUCCAACGAUGGUCAAACGUUAGCUUUGGAACAGAUUCCUGUUCAUAUAAAGGACAAACCAGAACGGCGAGUGGAUGAGAGCGGCGCUGAGUAUCUGUACCUCGAGCAAGGCUUAGGCCUUAGCUUCUACCACGAAAGUGCUGAAUGGGAUUUGCUGAGCGCUACUUCGUCUCGUUACGCACAAAUCUAUCCUGGAUGUUGUGGGCAACAGUUCUACAUAGAUAUUCGAUACAAUAUUGUGAUUCGUAGAAAAGCCAUAUUUUUCACAGUCAUGCUGACGAUUCCGUGUAUGCUCUUAGCAAACUCAACCCCAUUCGUCUUCGUGAUCCCGCCAAACGAGCAUAAAAUGACAUUUUCUAUUUCUAUAUUCGUUGCAUUCACUCUCUUCUAUCUCGUCCUUAUAGAACUCAUCCCUCCAACAUCUCUUGUUCUACCACUGAUAGGGAAGUAUCUUCUGUUCACUUUGAUGAUGAUUACUGUUUCCAUUCUGAUAAGCGUUGUGAAUGUAAACAUUUAUCGAAGACAAGCAUUUGCUUCAGAAAUGUCACCUUGGCAACAGUGGCUAUUUGUGAAAACUUUACCACGACUUUUAAAAUUGAAACCCUUAGAGGAACCAGAACAAAGUGAUGCAAACAGCAUCGCGACAAUGGAUUCUCAAACAGAGCCAGAACCCGAAAAAUUGGAAGUUAAAAUGUCGAAACGGACAUUUCAUACACCGAGACUGAGGCUACUUAGCCUUAUCGAGAUGGACCAAGCAAUGAAAAGAAAAAAUCGUACGGCCAAUGUGGACCUUUUGCGAAAGCUUGCUGGUAGCAUAAAAAUUAUUGCAGCAAAUUUUCACAAUCGUAAAAUGGAGAAUAAGAUCAGUGACGAAUGGAGGCUGAUGUCUCUAGUUGUGGAUCGUGUUUGUCUCAUCCUAUAUCUUGUCAUGAAUGUGAUUGGAAAUGUGCUUUUCAUUUACAAUUCGCCGACGCUAUACGAUGACCGACCGUCUCUCGGCAAAACCGUUCCUUUCUCUCCACUUAGUGGUGAUGCUGUUAAUGUGUUUCAUUCGAAAAUGUUUGAUUACUAA